CCCCCUCUAAUGUUUACUUCCUGUGUUAGCUCAUCUUUGAUAAACGAGGGAAAGUCAAACAAGUACUGUCAACUUUUUUCACAAAACAUAGAUGUAAUAUCUGACAAAAUGUAUAAGCCACUGUCUUUACUAGAAGGGUGGACACAGGAAAAUAACGAGUUGGUAAAUAAUUUAAUGCAACAAGAGGCACAAAAUGCUUUGAGCCGAGACCACGUUCACCCCAAUGUGCGAAGAUGUGCCUCAGAGUUUCACAAACUAUUAAGGAAAAUACAAGGCAUCCCAGCUCAUGCAGAUCAUGCAGAGCUGGAGCUUUCAGUGGUGUUCAAUUCCUGCACAUGCUGUAUUGCUCAGUCUCAGUUCAUGGAAGCUGAGCUACUCAUCACACAAGCUAUGGAGAGAUUUCUACAGGUGACAGGAGGCGAUGCUGGUACUUCAGACCCACUUGUGUUUUGGAGAAACAUACUCAAAUCAGUGGGAAACACAGCAUUGCAUCCUUUUGUACUAUACCUUGUCUGUCUACAGUGGGCAAUAUGGCUGGCCACCUGCCAGCUGAAAACUAUAAAGGAAUUUCUGGAGGAGAUGCCUCUUCUAUUUGAUUCACUAACUGGUGGGUUUGGGGAUAGCUGUAGAGACAAAGCAAAGGAGAAGUUUUUAAACCUUCCAAGACUGGUGAUGGACCCAAGAAGGCUUGUGGAAUUAUUGCAGAUCUGCACAGCCAUUGCCCAAGGUGCAGAGAUGCUGAAUGAGGGUUGCAGCUCAGAGGCACUGUCCUGUCUGCAGGCAGCUUCCACCAUGCCAGCCCCCAGAGCUCUUGUAGCAUACACACACUUCCUCUCAGGCUCCUGUCUGGCUCAUAUGAGCCGCCCUCAAAUGGCACUGCAAUGUUACAGAAAGGCUUUGGAAACGGACUCUCGAUGUUUAUGUGCUCUCUAUCAGAGCACCCUCAUCUACAGACAGCUUGAAAACAUACAGGCUGAGAUACAAGCACUUCGGAUACUGCAUUCAACUUUGUUGUUGCCUUCUACUACAGAGCCUGCUGUGGCUGGUACUCAUCUCCUCCCUCCAUCCCUGCUGCUCUCCAGCCAAUCACUGAGCACCCUGCUCUCACUCCCAUCUCCCCUUAGUAUCCUUUUCAGUCUAGCCCUCAAGUGCGUGCUCCAUGGCAGAGUAUCGGAGGGUGUUGAACAUUACCUGGACCUGCUGGCUGCUCUUCACUCAGAAGAUGAACAUGGAAUAAGAGCGAAAACGGUGCAUGCUGAUGACUCCACCCUCCCCAAGUUACCCAGGCUUUACCUUGAAGCUGGAGCAGCCCUGCUUAUGGCCCAGCGACCUGCAGACUGUACAGCACUCUGCAAUGAGGUUAUCAGCACAACACAGGAUUUGCUGCCAGAGAAAGUGGUGUUGGAAGAGCCAGAAGAAAGUGGUUUGGCUAGGAGCGGGGAUAUGAAAGAAGAGUGUGAAACUAUAGUGGAGAUGCUGCUCUGGGUUGCGGCUGCUUACCUCCUCCAGGGUCACUGUUUCACUUACCUUAAGGACUGGAAACAAGCUGUGACCAACUACACAAGGUGUAUCAAUCUGCUGGUGAAGGUGUGCUUUAAAAAGAGAGUUACAGGUUUUCAACCACAAGUCCGUAGUGCGGAUAUGGGUGUCAAGUGGGGAAUAGAUCUGUGUGUCCUCAAAAGACUGAAGGCGCUGUCAUUUGCUGGUAGAGGCAUCAGCUUUACCCAGAUGGAUCACUUGAGCAAAGCGCUCAGAGACCUCCAGCUCAGCCUGCAGGUUCUUCCAGAGUAUGUGGGUGCAGGUCUGUGGUGUGGUGAAGUAUUGUGGAGGCUUGGUAGGAAGCAGGAGGCAGCAGCUUGUUGGGAGAAGACCUGGAGCCUGCCCACGCAGUCCUUAGCAGAGACUUUUCCUUUGUAUGUACAAGAACAUCAGUGGGGCCCUUUGUUGGAUUCCACUGAACUACGCCACAGAGUACAGGAACUUUAUCCUAUCUUGUCAGCCUGAAGACAAAAGAAGAAUUCACUGUUCUUUAAUGAAUAGGACUGGCUUUUCUGGCCUUUGAAAUAAAACCCAUACCCUUGAUAAACUUGUGUCAAUAGGGACAGUAAAAUAAAGCCUAUUUUGAAUGCAAGCAGUGUUUGAAAGUGAGAAUGAACAUGUGGGUGGUAACUGACAUGUAGUUUAUGCAUGAAAUAUUUCUAGAUAGACUGUGACGAUAUGUUCUGUCUUGCAGACAUGUUGACUUAAUGAUAGAAACUGUUAUUCUGUAAAAAGCUAUGGUUUUACCGGAAAAUAUGGAAAAUAAAUUUUGAGAAAACAUAUUGAUUUUUACAAAAUGUGUAUUUGGUGUGUCUUCAAUAAAUGUGUUUGGAUUCAUUUGAUAUUAUCUUCAUACACUUGCCUGAUUUCACACAGAAUUAUCAACAGA